AGCCCGUCACGGGUCAGCACGGCAGGCAUGGCAGCGUGGAUCGGCUUGUUGUCGAGCUCUAGGAACCUUUUGCUGACAAGAUGCCACUGACUGCUUUCUCUCAGUCUAAAGUGGUUUGGGGUUUGAGCCUCCCUUGGGUUUUACUUUCUGUGCCGAGAUGGUUGUAACCUUCCCUGCUGGUACCUGAGAGCUGUUGUUUCUGUCUAGAUAGCUCAUCGAAGAUGUAGAUGAUGAAGCGGUGCUUCCUCCCUCUGCCUUGGGAUCGAAUGUUUCUGUCACAGACCAGGGCGUUUCUCUAAGGAAAUGGAUACAUCUUCCCAAAAAUACCCAGUAAAAAAGCGAGUGAAAAUUCAUCCCAACACAGUAACAGUAAAAUACACCUCUCAUUAUCCCCAGCCAGGAGAAGAGGGAUGUGAGGAUGUUAAUGAAGAUACUGGAGUAUUUAUGGAGGAUAAUCCUAAAAGAAGACUACUGAAUGAUGGGGAAAAGAGAGAAAAGACUUUCUUUGGUACAAUAGACACCAAGCCAGCACAACUGCCAAAACCUGAUGAGAUUUCACAAUCCCAGCAGUUAUAUGAAGGAAAUGUGCUGCAGUCCAGGAAAACAUGGGCAGUCCUUUUUGGCUCUGCCGUGGCUCACGGAUGUGUGGCUCUGAUCACGAGAUUAAUUUCUGACCGUUCCAAAGUGCCAUCUCUGGAGCUGAUUUUCAUCCGCUCGGUCCUGCAGGUGCUUUCCCUCACUGCUGUGUGCUACCACCACGAGCCUCCCUUCGGCCCCAAAGGCUACCGGCUCCGGCUGCUCCUCUACGGGGUCUGCAAUGUCAUCUCCAUCACCUGUGCCUACACCUCCUUCUCCAUAGUGCCCCCCAGCAAUGGGACCAUCAUGUGGAGGGCCACCACCACAGUGUUCAGUGCCAUUCUGGCUUUUUUACUCAUAGAUGAAGGAAUGGCUCAUAUAGACAUAGUCACUGUCCUUGGCAGUGUGUUCGGUGUUUGUCUGGUCAUGAUCCCCAACAUUGUUAGGGAGGAGAACUCUUUGCUGAACACCUGGAAGGAAGCUUUUGGCUAUACCAUGACUGUCAUGGCUGGUCUGACCACUGCCCUCUCCAUGAUAGUCUACAGGUCCAUCAAAGACAACAUCAGCAUGUGGACAGCACUGUUCACUUUCAGCUGGACAGGAACAGUGUGGGGAGCAUCCACCAUGUUCCUGUUCCAAGAGCCAAUUGUCCCACUGGACGGGGAAACCUGGAGCUAUCUCCUUGCCAUCUGCCUGUGCUCCACUGCAGCCUUCCUGGGAGUCUACCAUGCCCUGGGCAAGUUCCACCCGGCUCUGGUGAGCACUGUGCAGCACCUGGAGAUCGUCAUUGCCAUGGUCCUGCAGCUCCUUGUGCUGCGCAGCUUCCCACACACUUGGGAUGUGGUCGGGGCAGUGCUUAUUUUGGUGAGUGUUUUUUUCCUUGCGUGUUAUAAACUUUCCUGGAAGGAAUUAAGAAGGCAAGAUUAUCAAGAGAUUGUGGAUUUGUCCAUUAAAUGAGUGUCAGUUUUCAAUGUCUGAUUCUGGCUGUGACCAUGUGGAAGUGACUCCUUUCAGCUCCUGUGUCUGAGCAUAGUGGGUGGCCAGGCCUUCUCUCUACCAUUUCACUUCUCAGCUGAUGUAGCAAUGUUGAUAUCUCCAGGUGCCCGUGCCAGGUGGAUUUGUUCUGCUGCACACAACCAUUCUGUCAUACCCACACAGGGUGCACAGCCAGCACAGCCUGGCCCACUGAAAUGCAGGCCAAGCUCUUCUUGACCUUCUCUGGAUAAAGCAAUACAGAGGGACUCAAAAGUGACUCUCAUUCAUGUGUGCUGUGGUAGUGCGAAGAUGAGCAGCAAAACCAUUAAAACAGUCAAACCAAAUUGUCAUUUCCUCUGUAAUGCUUCUUAAGCUUUGGCUGUCAUAUUCUAAAUGGAACAAUGCUAAAUUUCUGUGGCUAAAACUUGCAUUUCCUGUGUG